AUGGCGACUCCUUUGACGGCGGCCAUCGACCGCGGCGACCCGCAGAUUUUGUCGGGCCUCCUGGAGAAGGUGCCCACGGCGCUCGACUCGACGACCGCGCAACCCUGCGGGAGGACCGCGCUCAUGUACGCCAGCCACCACUCCAGGAACCCGGACGUAUUGCAGGUGCUCUUGAAGAAGGGCGCCGACCCCGUCAAGACCGACACACGGGGCUGGACGGGUCUUGGAUACGCCAUAGCCGGCGAGAGGGUGAAAAAUCUGCUCUUCCUGCUGGAGAACGGGCUUCCGGUCGACCAGCCGGAUUUCGAAGGUCGCACGCCGUUGAUGGUCGCAGUCGCGCUUUCAAAUUUGGACGUCCUGAACGCUCUUCUCGAGCGAGGUGCCGACGUUAAUGCAAAGGACGACGCGGGGUUUACCGCCCUGCAGCUGGCGAUCCUUAUGAAAAAGAGGGACGCGGCAAUAGUCCUGACGGAAAUGGGAAGCGACUUGGGUCAUCCGAGUCCGGUUACCGGAAUCUCGAUCCGCGACCUUGCCGAGGGAAUAAUGCCGAAAUCGUUGCCCGGCUUGCGGAGGAAGUAAGUUUAUCGCGGCGUCGAGCACAAUUUUCU